GAAGCAGCAGGAAGGAGCAGGCAGUGCUGGCUGUGCCCAGCAGGUGGUGCCGCCGAGCCGGCCCCAGCCCCGGGAAUAAAGUCUGGAGAAGAAACGGAGAAAUGUGACCGCGAUGGGGCAGUUGGCAGAAGGAGGAAGCGGAUAGGGAAGAGAAAGAGAGAGAGAGAGAGAGAGGAAAAAAAAAACACACCACGACAGAACAAAGCCCUCUCCAGCCCCGCUCGGACUCCUCGGGCUGCGGGAGGGGAAAGUUGCGGGGCUUUGUGUAAAAGCACCACCUAAUCCUGCUGCUCCCCUCCCAUGCUGAAGGGAAGGAGGGAUCCUGGGAGAGGGGGAACCGGCGGAGACUGCGGCUGCCGGGAGCACCCACGUUCCCCUCCCGAGCUGCUGGGGAGGGGGUGUGGGGGCAGCAGCCCCGGGAAAGGGGGGGUCCGGGCAGCCCCCGCCGCCCCGCAAGCUCGGGGGGGGUUUAUUGGGCGUUUCUAUCCGACAGCAAAAAACUAGCAAGAUUUCCAAGUGAAAUUCCGGAGGAAAUUUAAAGAGCAUCCGGAUCCGGAGAAAGAGAGAAAGAAAGAGGAAGGGAGAAAGAGAUCGGAACGUGGAGAGAAUCCCCGGCAGCUGAAAGAAAGGACGGGAGGAAAAGGAGCUGAGAGCCGGCAGAGAUGGGGAAAUGAAUCCCUCUGGAGGCAAAAGCAGAAAGGAGCCUCAGUCCAGCUAGGAGACCUGAGAAGAAAAGUUGGAGGAGAGACUCACACUAACUCCACUGUCUGUCUGUCUUCCCCUCCUUACUAACAAAUGUCAACAACUAGGGAGCAGCCAAUCUUCAGCACCAGGGCCCAUGUUUUCCAGAUUGACCCUGCCACCAAGAGGAACUGGAUCCCUGCCAGCAAGCACGCCCUGACUGUCUCCUACUUCUACGAUGCCACCCGCAACGUGUACAGGAUCAUCAGUGUGGGGGGCACCAAGGCAAUCAUCAACAGCACAAUUACCCCCAACAUGACCUUCACAAAGACCUCCCAGAAGUUUGGGCAGUGGGCAGACAGCAGAGCUAACACUGUCUAUGGCUUGGGCUUUGCCUCGGAGCAGCAUCUUUCCCAGUUUGCAGAGAAGUUCCAGGAAGUGAAAGAAGCAGCCAGGUUGGCAAGGGAGAAGUCUCAGGAUAAAACAGAACUGACCAACCCUGCCCUGAACAUCACCUCUCACCAGGUACUUCCCAGCCCCAUCAUCAGCUCCAAUGGGCCAGGAGAAGAUAAGCUCUUCAGGAGCCAAAGUGCUGAUGUGGAGAUAACCACAGAGAAGGAGAGGUUGAAGAAGAUGCUGUCAGAAGGCUCAGUGAGUGAGGUCCAGUGGGAAGCUGAAUUUUUCAGCCUCCAGGACAACAACAACAAGCUGGUGGCUGCUCUCCAUGAGGCCAAUGCCAACGUGGACCAGUGGAAGAAGCAGUUGGCUGCUUACCAGGAGGAGACAGAAUCCCUGAGGCAGAGGGUCGCAGAGCUGGAGUCCCAGGGGGCUCAGGAUUCCUCCAGUGAGAACAACAAAGAAGAACUGAGCCAAAGCCUGGAGGAGCUGGAGCUGCUGCUCAAGGCUAAAGAUGAGGAGAUUCAGAUGCUGAAGAGCCAGAAGUGUGGUCGGUGGGAGGCAGAGGGGGAGCGGGAGGAGACACUGCAGAAGCUGCAGGAGCUGGAGGCAAGGAACUCAGAGCUGGAACAACGCCUUCAGCUGGCUGAGCAGAGCCUGGCAGAGAGCUUGGCUGAGAGGGAGAAGGUGCAGAACGAGGUCACCAAGGUGACAGAAAUCCUGGAUGUGAAGCUCUUUGAGCUCAGCGAGCUCCGGCAGGGAUUGGCCAAGCUGCUGGAGAGCAACUGAGAGCAGCAUCCCCAGGGACACCCCAGGGACACCCCAGGGACACCCCAGGGACACCCCAGACCCAGCACCCAGCCUGGGCAGGACUCAGCACCCUCCCAGCAGCUGCCUGGGGACCCAAGUGCAGCCCCUCCCUAUGCAGGGAGCAUCUCGAGUCCCACCAGAACCUCUCUGGUCCUUGCCCUGGUUCUGACAGAGUCCAGAGACAGCAGCUGUCCCCUCCCUGCUGGCACACUCUGACUCCCAAUAUUUUUACAGGUUUUUUCUAGGGGAAGAAUGCAGCUUUUGCAUUUUAUUUUUUUUUUCUGUAGUAUUUUUAUUUUUUUUUUAGACAACCACUUCCCUUUUUGCCUCUUUCCCCACCUAGGGAGGGAGGAGAAGUUUUAGCACACCCAGGCCAAAGAGUUGGCUCCUUUUCCUCUUCCCUUUCUCCAUCUUCUCUUUCCAACAGGAUCACUGGGCACUGCCAGGAGCUUCCAGAAUUCCCCCUGCAGAGAAAGGGGGGGAUUUGCCUGACCCUGGGUCCUUCCCACUCUUCAGUCACAUUCUCCAGAUGACAGGGAAGGUUUGAAAGCUCACAUUAGCCUGACCCAGGGGGAUUUAAUGACUUAAUAAAACCUGAGCUGAGAGGAGCAGGGGCUUGGUUGGGAAAUGGGACAUCCCUGAGGAGGUGGCCAACAAACUGCUGGAUUGGCCUCUCCUGAGGGCUGUAGUUAAUUGAAAUUAAAUGGAGCAAAUCACAGUUGCUCUUGGUUCCU